CUAUGCCAUCUUCACCCUACUUCCUUUCGAUUAACCACCUCAAUGGUGUGGAUAUGGAUAACGUUCACUUUCGUUGUAAUUGCUUGUCUCUUAUUGCGAGCUUUGCUGUGGAAAACACAUAGCAAGAAGAUAUUGCCUCCUGGUCCAAGAGGAUUUCCGAUUCUUGGAAACCUCAAUUUAUUAAAACAGAACCCUCACCAUGAUUUCGACAAGCUAGCUAAAAAAUAUGGACUCCUCAUGUACUUGCGCCUCGGGUUCGUGCCCACGAUCGUUGUCUCAUCACCCGAAGUGGUUGCGCAAUUCCUCAAGACCCACAAUCUUGUUUUUGCGAGCCGGCCGCUGCACGAGGCUUGGAAACACAUCUCUUACGAGCAAAGAAACUUAUCAUUCACGGCGUAUGGCCCAUAUUGGAGGAACAUUCGAAAGAUUUUCACUUUGGAGCUUCUUAGCAAUGCUAAAAUCAACUCUUUCAAGUCCAUGAGAAAAGAAGAGGUCAACUUGCUCUUGAAUUUUCUCAAAGAUGCGUCUCAUAACUGCACGGCCAUCGACUUGAGCGUGAAGAUCUCAUCGCUAAGCGUUGGCAUGAGUUGCCGGAUGGUGUUUGGGAAGAAGUAUAUAGACAAGGAGUUUGACGAGAGAGGGUUUAAGGCUGUGAUUCAAGAAUGGAUGGUGUUGGCCGCGACACAGAAAAUUAGUUACUAUGUUCCUUAUUUGGCAUCAUUUGAUCUUCAGGGGUUGACGAAGUGCAUGAAAGCUGUGAGCAGAGUAUUCGAUGCUUUCUUCGAGAAAGUUAUUAACAAGCACAUGGAGUCCAAGAAAGAGGAAGGAGAGACCAAAAAUUUUGUUGAUGUCAUGUUGGGUAUCGUGCGAUUGAACAAGGGAGAAUGCCAUAUCGACAGGCCCCAUAUCAAAGCCAUAAUUCUGGUAAUUUAUCAAUUUUUUGUCGCAUGA